AUGUAUCAUACUAAACGUUCAUCAGCAAAUAAAUUAAUGCUAAAACAAUUACAAUCUCAAAUUUUAACAUUUCCAACGUCGUUCAAUUAUCUUUAUUAUAACGAUCGAACAAUUCAAUAUGAUCCAAUGAAUUACAACUUUGAUACAGACAUUAUGAUGAACAAUACAUAUUCUUAUUUUCAACAUGCUCUUUUUAAUGAACAAUCGUCUGCACAACAGCAUGGUGAACGCAAAUCGAGUGAAUCAUCCAAUUCCACAUCAUCACCAACUUCAGGUAGCAGCAGUGAUAGUGGAAUUUGUGGCAGCCAUCAUUCUGGUAUGAGUAAUUCAGUAGUUGAUCAUAAUACUUUGCUAUUUAAUAAUGGUAAUUCAAAUCAUGUUUUACAUGAUAAGAUUGAUGGACAACGUACACUAUGCUAUUAUUGUAAGAAUCAUGGACAACCAGAAUGUUUAUAUACUUCACAUGAUACAUAUGAUGAAAAUGGAAAAUUAGUUUGUCCAUUAUUAAAAUUUUGUGCAUGCCUCAUUUGCCAACGAGCGAAACAAUUGGAUAUCAAUAUUGGUAAUCGUUCAAAUGAUAUAAUUGAUGAUGACGAUGAAGAUAUGGAUGGACGAACAAGCGAUGGUGAUGGAUUAAAAUUAUUUUUAGAACAUUACAUGCCAACUGCAUAA